AUGUCUUGGUGUGGUCUAGACCUCUUCGGAGAUGCGACGUAUUUCUUUCCAGUGAUCGGUGAGGGUGUUGAUCUCGCAUACGCACCCAUCCAGGGAAUCGCCCUGAUGAUGCUCUUUGGCUCCAAAAGCAUUGCCACAGUGGGAGUUGUCGAGGAGCUGCUUCCGUUCACCGACCUGAUGCCCACGGCUACCCUGGGCUGGAUUCUGGAGACCUUCUUUGCCGAGAGCUGCUUGGGCAGAUGCGUGGGCUUCUCCAAGAAGGAUGAUGGCUCGUCCUCGUCGUCUGAGUCUGAGGAGUAG